CACGAUGUCAAAGAAGGGUUCCAGCUUUCGAGCCAAAGGAGAAAGACCGGAUGGUUUAGCUGCCUUGCAAGCUGCUAAUGAAGAGCUCAGGGCAAAGCUCACAGACAUUCAAAUAGAACUCCAGCAAGAAAAGAGUAAGGUCAGCAAGCUAGAGAGAGAGAAGAAUCAGGAAGUUAAGCAGAUCAAAGAACACGAACAACAUAAAAACACAGUGAUUGUAACAGAACUCAAGGCUAAACUUCAUGAAGAAAAAAUGAAGGAGCUUCAGGCUGUUCGAGAAGGACUUUUAAGACAGCAUGAAGCUGAGCUUCUUAGAGUUAUAAAAAUUAAAGACAAUGAAAUUCAAAGACUACAGGCCUUACUUAAUGUUGUAAGAGAUGGGACGCCUGAUAAGGUAAAGACAAUGCUUUUCUCAGAAGCAAAGGAAGAGGCCAAGAAAGGAUUUGAAGUUGAGAAAUUCAAAAUGCAACAGGAAAUUUCAGAGCUUAAGGGGGCUAAGAAGCAAGUGGAGGAAGCUUUAUCUGUGGUCAUUCAAGCUGACAAAAUUAAAGCAGCAGAGAUCCGAAGUGUGUAUCAUCUGCACCAAGAAGAAAUCACCAGAAUCAAGCGAGAAUGCGAGCGGGAAAUCCGCAGAUUGAUGGAGGAGAUCAAAUUUAAAGACAGAGCAGUCUACGUGCUGGAAAGAGAGUUAGGGGUUCAAGCCGGGCAUGCUCAGAGACUUCAGCUCCAAAAGGAGGCUUUAGAUGAACAACUUUCCCAGCUCAGAGAGGCUGACCGGCAUCUGAGCAGCCCCAAGCGGGAACUUCCUCAUCCAAGUGGUGCAGGAGACACUUCAGAUCAUUCAGGAAGUCCUGAACAGCAGUUGGAUGAACGUGAUGCCAGGCGUUUUCAACUUAAAAUUGCUGAACUAAGUGCAAUCAUCAGGAAACUGGAAGAUCGGAAUGCAUUAUUGUCAGAGGAACGCAAUGAGCUUUUGAAACGUCUAAGAGAAGCUGAGAGCCAGUACAAACCUCUGCUAGACAAAAAUAAGCGCCUAAGUAGGAAGAAUGAGGAUCUGUCCCAUGCCUUACGUAGGAUGGAAAAUAAACUAAAAUUUGUAACACAAGAGAAUUUAGAAAUGAGACAAAGGGUGCGGACAAUUCGAAGACCAAGUUCUUUAAACGACCUUGAUCAGAGUCAAGAAGAAAGAGAAACUGAGUUUCUGAAACUACAAAUAAUUGAGCAGCAAAACAUCAUAGAUGAACUUUCAAAGACCCUAGAAACUGCUGGCUAUGUGAAGAGUGUAAUAGAACGUGACAAGCUUUUGAGAUACAGGAAACAGAGAAAGAAAUUUGCUAAAUUUCCCAAGAAGCCAGUGGUGGAGACAUUUUUCGGGUAUGACGAAGAAGCUUCGCUUGAGUCUGAUGGUUCUUCUAUCUCAUAUCAAACUGACCGUACAGAUCAAACACCCUGCACACCCGAAGAUGACUUAGAAGAGGGCAUGGCAAAAGAAGAAGCAGAAUUAAGAUUCCGGCAGUUGACAAUGGAGUAUCAAGCUUUACAGAGGGCCUAUGCUCUAUUGCAAGAACAAGUUGGAGGAACAUUGGAUGCAGAACGAGAAGUUAAGACUCGUGAACAGCUUCAAGCAGAAAUCCACAGAUCCCAGGCUCAAAUAGAGGACCUAGAAAAGGCACUUGCUGAGCAAGGACAGGACAUGAAGUGGAUUGAAGAAAAGCAAGCAUUAUACAGAAGAAACCAAGAACUUGUAGAAAAGAUAAAACAAUUGGAAGUAGAAGAGGCUCGGUUAAAGCAUGAUGUUCAGGAUGCUAAAGAUCAAAAUGAACUCUUGGAAUUCAGAAUACUAGAACUUGAAGAGAGAGAAAGAAGAUCGCCAGCUAUCAAUUUCCAUCACAUUCCUUUUACUGAGGGGAAAAGUCCUCUCCAGGUCUACUGUGAGGCAGAAGGUGUGACAGAUAUACUAGUAGCAGAGCUGAUGAAAAAACUGGACAUUUUAGGGGAUAACGCCGUAAGUAACUUAACAAAUGAAGAGCAAGUAGUUGUCAUCCAAGCAAGGACGGUUUUGACACUGGCAGAAAAGUGGUUGCAGCAAAUAGAAGUCACGGAAUCAGCACUACAGCAAAAAAUGAUAGACCUGGAGAAUGAAAAGGAAUUAUUUAGUAAACAGAAAGGAUAUUUGGAUGAUGAACUUGAUUACAGGAAGCAAUCUUUAGAUCAAGCCCAUAAGCACAUUCUGGAAUUGGAAGCCAUGCUAUAUGAUGCCUUGCAGCAGGAGGCAGGAGCCAAAAUGUCUGAAAUCCUUUCUGAAGAGGAGAGAGAGAAGUUGAAGAAUGCCGUGGAACAAUGGAAGCGUCAGGUCAUGAGUGAACUUCGUGAACGGGAUUCCCAGAUUCUGCGGGAAAGAAUGGAACUCGUUCAGCAUGCACAACAGAGAAUUAAAGAGCUAGAAGAAAGAAUUGAAGCUCAAAAAAGGCAAAUAAAGGAACUAGAAGAAAAGUUUUUAUUUUUAUUCUUAUUUUUUUCUUUAGCUUUCAUUCUUUGGUCAUAG